UCAACUUGUAAUCCAAGCCAUGCACAGCUUUCAAUUCUCUCAAUCAGUUUCUUAUGUUGUAAUUACUCAUGAAUUAAAGGCAAAGCUUUCCAAUUAAAAUACUAGAGGUACAUAGAAUCAACAUUGAGAAAGCCCCAGAAAUGAUUACCAGAAGCACACAAGUCAAUAUGGGAUAUUAUAAACAAAACCACCCCUCUCUUUUCUUAGCUUUUCAAUCCAAGAUUUCUCCAUGAAUUCAGCUAAUGAUUUCAAACACAAGUUUCCUUUUAAGUUCCCAUUCAUAUUUUAGGACCAAACCUUAUCAUUUAUAUAAACUUUCAUAUGAGAGCUUUGAGAGGUUUUUCAUAUUAGAGAUAGUAACAAUGGCGGCCAUACACAAAGGUCAACAAUCUGAAGCUAUUCUAGAGAACGUUUGGGCAAGUUUUAUUAGUGGGAAAGAAGUAAAAAAUGAAGGGAAAAGAUUAUCCAAAAGCUGGGAUGAUUUGCCUCAUCUUGAUGGGAAAGAAGGGUCAAUGGAAGUUCUACAAAGGCUGCCUAGUCUAGGGAGGUGGAUAUCAAUGGGAGCUGAGACUUGGGAAGAACUUCUUGACAGUAUCAUAGUUGACCCUUCAAGUAAUUUAGAUCACCAUGAUCAACAUCAACAACACUCUUCAACAAACAAUAACACUACUGCAAAUGAUGAUAUUGAUCAUGACAAGGAAUCAAACAGUGUUGAGAGAGCAAAGAAGAAGACUACAGCAGCCAUGGUGGUGGCUGCAACAAGGCACUACAGGGGAGUGAGGAGGCGGCCAUGGGGGAAGUAUGCUGCUGAGAUUCGAGACUCGUCGAGAAAUGGGGCUCGAGUUUGGCUAGGGACAUUUGACACUGCUGAAGAAGCUGCCUUGGCUUAUGAUAAGGCUGCUUUGAGAAUCAGAGGCACCAAGGCUUAUCUUAACUUUCCACUUGAGACGGUUGCUAAGAGUAAUACUAAGACAACUACUACUGUUGCUGCUACUGCUACUCGUUGUGGAAAGAGAGAAUCGAGAGAAUGGGAAAAUCGUCAAAUCAAUUAUGAUCAUGAUCAAGUGAUGAUGACGAUGACGAUUGAUCAAGAGCCAGCAUUGAGGAGAUCAAAGGCAAGUAGUCAUGAUCAUGAGAAUAAUACUAAUGAUGAUCCUUUCGAUGUGUUUGAGUUCCAAGAUUUGGGGAGUGAUUAUUUGGAUAGUUUGUUGUCUUUCCCUUGUGAUUAAAAUCAACCACAAGAACUAAUACUACAUAUACUGUCGUGUUAUAUAUAUAUAUACAAAAAAAAAAGUAUAUACUAAAUUGUAGGUAUAUUUACUUGUUCUUAUAUCGGUCUUGUAACAUAUAGAACUUUGUUUAAAAAUGAGUUAUAAUUAAAAGCGAAACAUCUCAAACUUUGAUAUGAGAGGCUUUUUCUAUAAUUUCAGAGAAAGAAAAUUAGUAUAUGAUGUAUUUCAAGCUGUCACCGCUACGAGAAUGAUGCAUAAUUAUUUUCGUAUCGAAGGAGCAGCGGCUAAUUUACCUCAUGACUGGAUAGAUAAAUGUU